AUGAAAAAAGCCAAAGCCACAGCAACACCAAGUUACGUGCCAAGCUACCCGGAAAUUGACGCGACACCAAAACAGGCGCAAAUUGACCUUGAUGGGUUAAAACGUGAGAUUGCCGAAUUUGCGAAACUCGCGGCCGAGCAAUCCGCCUCACAGGUCGAGACCAAGGUCAAAUUUUCGCAAGACGAGAUGAAGGAAGAAGUCGAUCGAGUGGUUGAACUUGUUCGAGUUUUUAUCAGUCAAUCUGAGGCUGAACGCGCGACCCUGACUGCCGAACUGGAGCGACUUCAAAAAUACACCAACUACUUUGCCGAACGAAUCGAUAAAAUCUCGGACGAAGUGUCCGUAGUUGACCAGGUAAUGUUUCUUAUUUGA